AUGCUCUUCUACUCCUUUUUUAAGUUCUUUGGGGGCAAGGAUGUGGUCAUGGAACUCAAGAAUGACCUGAGCAUCUGUGGAACCCUCCAUUCUGUGGAUCAGUAUCUCAACAUCAAACUAACUGACAUCAGUGUUACAGACCCUGAGAAAUAUCCUCACAUGUUAUCAGUGAAGAACUGCUUCAUCCUUGACUCAGUGGUCCAUUUUAUGCAGUUGCCAGCUGACGAAGUGAACACACAGUUCCUACAGGAUGCAGCAAGGAAGGAAGCCCUACAGCAGAAACAGUGA